GCUUUGAAGAGUCUUAUAACAGAUAAAGUUGGAGUUGUUGAAAGAAAGUAUAAAGACCAAAGAGUUUGUGAAAAUGUUGCAAACUUCAUUAUGGUUUCAAACAAUGCUGUUCCGAUGAAGUUAGAAAGUUCUGACAGAAGAUAUGUAGUUGUCAGAACGUCAGAUUCUCAUAUGCAAGAUACAGAAUAUUUUGACGACUUAGCAGAAACUUUGACAUCUGACUUUUACAACCACUUGUUCUCAUACUUUAUGACAUUAGAUAUUUCUAAGUUCAAUCCAAGACAAAUUCCACAUACCGAAGAGAGACAAACAUUGUUAGAAGCAAACAAGAGUGUAUAUGAACUGUUCAUAGAUGAAACUGACUUUGUGUCAUUAGAUGAAAGGUCAUUGUACGAUUCGUAUAAACAAUAUUGUCAAGAAUAUGGUUAUAUGACAGCGUCUAAAUGA